AUGGGCCUCACAAUUGCCAGUUCCCCAGCGCAGCACAAUGAUGCCGUUGCAUCCCCACCAAUGACUGAGCAACGGGCCUCACGGCCAGCAAACUCAGCUCGCCAUUUUGUCUCCGGCCUUGGCUCCGGAGUUGCCUCUGCGGUCAUUCUUCAGCCUCUAGACCUACUCAAGACCCGGGUUCAGCAGUCUGGAGGCUCAUCACUCACCGCCACGCUACGCGACAUCAGGCAGUCUUCAAGCCUGGUACAGUCUCUCUGGAGAGGCACUGUUCCAUCUGCCCUGCGAACGGGCUUUGGCUCAGCCCUUUACUUCACUUCACUUAAUGCAAUUCGCCAGCACGCCCAGCGGACGGGCAUCCUGGGACGUCGGCUCCAGACUCAGGGUGGCUCCUCCGCCCUGCCAUCACUCACCAACUCUGGCAACCUCGUAUCAGGCGCCAUUGCGAGGACAUUUGCUGGAUUUGUAUUGAUGCCCUUGACCGUCAUCAAGGUUCGGUUUGAAUCCAGCCUCUACUCGUAUCCGUCCCUCGCAUCUGCAGCCCUCGAUAUCCGGCGGACAGAUGGGUGGCGUGGUUUCUUUUCAGGAUUUGGCGCCACAGCACUCCGAGAUGCACCUUAUGCUGGAAUGUAUGUGCUUUUUUACGAGAUGCUGAAGUCACAGCUGGGCUCUCUGGCAGCAAAGCCUGGGGCUUCGUCUGGUGACGGUCCGACCAAGAUGCAGGCCACUCUUGCUAGUUCUGUCAACUUCACCUCAGCCAUGCUCGCCGGCGGAGCAUGCUCGGUUGUCUCCAAUCCCUUCGAUGCAGUUAAGACACGAAUCCAGUUGCAGCCACAGGAGUAUAGGAAUAUUUGGCAUGCUUGGUAUAGAAUGGUGUCUCAAGAAGGCGUUCGUUCACUUUGGGAUGGUCUUGCACUGCGUAUGAGCCGAAAGGCGAUGAGUUCAGCGUUGGCGUGGACUGUCUAUGAGGAAUUGAUUCGCCGGGCCAGGUGA